AGCAUUUGACAAGUCACAUUUUUAAUAUCAAGUGUAACAUAAUCCUACAGGAAUUGCCCCUAUAUUCAUACGUUUGUUUAUUCUAGACGUUCAAGUGGUGUCUACCAGAGCAUUAAAAGCCAUACAGUUAUAAAUAUCAACAAGUUUGUCUAGUUUAUCCAGUGCAACUACUGUUAAUUACGUGUGACACUUCAUCUUCCACUACACAGAUCACUACAAUCUUACCACAUCAUAGCUCCAUAAAAUAAACUGAUUAUUCUCUACAAAUGUCCGAUUGGAUUUCUACAUUUCCUGGUUAUAAACAAGUACUAACCACUGCGAAAAAGACAUUUGGCAGGAUAAUUCGAACUGGACCUGUGCCCAAACAUGUUGGUAUAAUCAUGGAUGGUAACAGACGAUAUGCCAAGUCUCACAAUCUUGAAAUCAAAGAAGGACAUUCUCUUGGAUUUGAUUCCAUGGCUUCAGUACUAGAAUUAUUGUACGAAUCAGGAGUUGAAUGUGCCACAGUGUAUGCCUUCUCGAUUGAAAAUUUUAAACGACUGACAGUUGAAGUGAAGUGGCUUAUGGACUUGGCCAAAUCUAAAUUCAGGCAAAUUAAUAAUCACGGGGAAUUAUGUGAAGAAUACGGUGUCAAAGUGAGAAUAUUGGGUAAUAAAUCUUUGUUACCAGAUGACGUGUUGGAAAUAUUGAAUGAAACUGAAGAAAUCAGUAAGAACAAUACCAGAGCCGUAUUGAAUGUGUGUUUCCCGUAUACUUCUCGAGAUGAAAUCACCCAUCUGGUAAGAGAAACUGUCAGGGAGUGUAUGGGAAACCCGAAUAUGAUAAUCAACGAACAAACACUAGAUGAUCACCUUUAUACCAAAGAUUCGCCAAAGCUUGACUUGUUGGUGAGAACUUCUGGCACUUUUAGACUUUCUGACUUUUUAUUAUGGCAAUGUGUAUCUCCAGAUUGUGCUAUAGUGUUUAUCGACAAGUUAUGGCCAGCAUUUCGUCCGUGGGACAUGGCGAAAAUCUUAAUUAAUUGGGGAUUUAACAAAUAUUGGUAUGGUGGUCAUGCCAACGGAUAUCCUCAUGCAUAUAAAAGAAUAAAACAUGAUGAAGACGACGAUGACGAAGAAGAAGAAGAAGAAGUUAAUGGAAUGUUGGAAGCUAAUGGAGUAUCAGAAACUAAUGGAAGUAGUGGAUUCAAAAGAUAUGACGCAGAACAAUAGAGUAUAUAGAAAGGUCAUAAUAGACUAAAGCGGAAACCAAAAAAAAUAUCUUGGUCAUAGUUAAUAGCAUAAUAUUUUAAUCCUUAUCUAAUUUGGAAAAGUUAACACGUAGACUGCAAACAUUAGGGGGGAUACAUUAUAUUAGAUAUUGCCAGGUGGCUGUUUCC